UGAUGAUGUGGACCAGACAAAAGCAAUCAAGCGCCGAUAUGAUCCACAACCUUCCCUAUGUGUAUAUUUUUUAUACUUUGUGAAGCGAAAGGGAAAGCAAGUCAACCGUAUGUAAAAGUACACAAUCGGGGAAAGGAAAAUAAUGUAUGCUUUUGUUCGAUUCUUCGGAGACGAUAUAUGUUGCGCGAUGCCCGUUUCAAGCAUCCAAGAUUUCAGCCCGGAGCACGGAGCCGAUUUCGAUCAUCAGAAGGUGUAUGUGGUGCGCAGGACUCAAGAGAAUGGGAGCGCAGGCCAACCGUGCGAAGCUCACAUCAUUGCCCUUGCAGAUGCUGUAGAGGAGUUUGAAGACUUUAUAAUGCAAAAGAAGAUGAAAAUUCCUAAAAUGUCCCUCGAGAAUUCCGGAAAUUUAAUUGAGAACAGUUUUGGAAGGGAUAGGCUGCCUCUCAGGCAUAAAAAGGCUUUAUCGCAAGACCAUGGUCGCCCCAUUUCAAACUCCUCCAAAAGUUUGGCAGCAGUAGUGGCUCGCCUCGAAAGAAACGCAGCCAGCUCCUGCAUGGAAGGCGAAGAGGAUCUAGAUGAGGAUCGACUGGCUGAGGAGGGAGAGGAUGCCGAUGAUGAAGACGAAGACAUGGAAGCAGAACAACUCCAGAAGGAGCAUCAACAGCAGCAGCAACAUCUCCAGGUGGACACGGAUGCGGCCGCGGCGGUGGUUCCUCGCGUCCUUUACGACGAGCUGGUCGACAGCUACAGGCAACAGGAGGACGAGAUGAGGAGGCUGCAGCAGGAGCUGGAAAGAACACGCCGGCAGUUGGUGCAACAGACAAAGAAACUCAAGGAAUACGGCAGCCUGCUGACUGAAGUCAAAGAACUCAGGGACUUCAAUCGCCGGCUGCAGGACGUGCUCCUCAUGAGGCUGGGCAGUGAGCCUAUGCAUGACAAUGGCACUCAGACAAUCAAGGCUGAGGUGGUUGAACCCAUUGUUGAGACCCAGGAAACAUUCAAAGAAGAAGCCAACACCAGUUCCAGCUACUCACCAUCUCCCCGAACGGUCUACACGUGCAACGAUGGCAAGGUUCACCUUGGUGGCGGCAUCUGGGUGGAGGAGGAGAAGUGGCACCAAUUACAGCGUACCCAAGGAGACUCCAAGUUCACAAAGAACUUGGCCGUCAUGAUCUGGGGCACAGAAACCCUCAAAAACCGAAGCGUCACUGGGGUGGCUACCAAAAAGAAAAAAGACGCCCUUCCCAAACCUCCACUCUCACCAAGCAAGUUAAAAAUCGUCCGAGAGUGUCUGUACGACCGAGUGUCCCAAGAGACGGCAAACAGUGCCGAAAUCACGCAAAGAUUGUCCAAAGUGAACAAAUACAUUUGUGAGAAGAUCAUGGACAUCAACAAGUCCAUCAAGAACGAGGAGCGGCGAGAAUCCAAGCUGCUCAUCAGACAGACAGUCAAGAUGGAGAAUUUUACCUAUGAUGGCAUAUAGUGGUCAAGCCAGCUUGAUUUCGCGGAACCCCUAUUCCUACGACUCAUCUGAUUGGUUGUGGCCCCUUUUUAAAACCAGCACCCCCCCUGACAGUUAGUCCAUUGAGUUCCAGACAGCUUUACUCACCAGCCAGACAGGAACAAGAAUAAGUGUUUUUUAACGAAGCUUUACUUUUGGGGUCAGUACGAGAAACUGCUGGCCUUGGUGUGUGUGUGCGCGUGAACAGAUUGUGAAAUUGAUUUAUUGUUCUGCGUCAGAACAUCACUCUGAGUCCUUUAAGCUUUUAAAAAGUAAAAGAGGACUUCCCCGGAUUAAAGUCUUCAGUCGCCGUGCAGUGAGAAAGUAGUGUCUAAUGAAUGAGUCUUAAUUUUGUAAAAGACAUGCGAGAUUGCAACGGUCAGUUGCUGUGAGAGAUUUUUGUGGUCGUGGCGUUUUAAGUCAAUCGCCAGAAUUGAGUCGAACUUGUUCAAAUGGUCCUUGAUGGGGGAUUUUCUGAAAGAAAUGUACUGAGGGGUUUUAUGAAAAGAAAUGAAACAAAAAAUUUGCUGACUCAAAUAGACAAUCUAAAAAUAGUGGAUCAUCUUAAUUUUGACCUAAUUAAAGCCUCCCCCUGACACAAUUUUGACAGUUGUAUGGAACAAAAUGAAAACGUGCAGAGUAGGACUGCUCAAUUAAUCGAAUUUUAAUCGUGAUUACGAUUAUGGCUCCAGACAAUCUCAAAAUUCAUAUAAUCGUGGAAAAAUUAUUAUUAGGUGUUUCCGUUCUGAGACGGACUGGUUUAUUCUGAUUGUACAGUGACCAAUCUCUAUGAAUACGAUUUCCUGAGGCGUGUUUGUCAUUGGUACACACUGGAACUGUUGAACAGUGGAGCAGGAAAGGCCUUAAAUGGAUUUUGCCAAUCACCAAGGGCACGUGGUGCCCCUUGUCUUUUCUAGUGAGCUGCGAUUGUAGUCCAAGCUGAAGUCUCGAGACUUGACGUGCACUUUGCUGUGGGAAUGUAAGAGUCGGCCAUCGGUACCGUUGCGAGCGUCAGUGGAGUCGAGCCGGAUCAUCAGUAGGGGUCGUAGUUCAGGUCUUGAGCAAGAAAGUGUGGGUAAAGCUGUCUGAGACGUGACUCUUGGUGAUUUUUUUGUUUGAAGUCCACAAUUAGAAAUGCCAUUGGUGAAACUAAAUAUGGCCACCCGAGGGACAUUUUGUCCUUUGUUCGUUUUUGUCUUGUUUCAUCCCACAAGGUUUUCCAUGGCUAUGAAACAAAGUCUUAGAGAUUGAAAUCUCAAGUGUGAGCCAACAGAGGCAAAACUGUGAAUCUGCUGCAGAGCUGCCUGUCAAGCCUUCGCUUCUCUUCACACUUCUACAUUUGUUGCCAGUUGCUUUUUAUCACUCUCUUUUUUUUUUUCCCUCCCCAAAGUUUAGUUCAGCCUUUUUGUUGAGCUACCUUAUGUUGUUGAGAGAUUGUCGUCUUUUGUUUUCCAGUUUGGUUGUACAUGUUCUAAACAACUAUCUAAUUGAUGUCAUAAUCAUAUAUGUUUCUUUUUUUAUAUUCGUUAUGAGCGUUUGUUGUUUUUCAUACAACUUGUUGGCUUUAAAGUGUGAUGAAGAGCCCUGAAAGAGAAAAAAAAAAUCUUCCGAGCCAAAGUGAUCAGUGAUGCAAAGCUGGAGGUAUUAUUAGAGAAGUGUUGCGCCUCACUCUGAAUAUCAACUUGUUCGUCAAACUUGUUAGUUUGACAAAUCAUUGACAUCAAAUGCACUUUAAACGUCAACUUGUCAAUCUUAAAAAAAAAAAGCCUCUUUGGGAUGUUAGUCUUUAUUUCUUAUCAAAAUACUAAAUUAAGGCCAAACAAUCAUUCUAUUAACAUGAUGCACCUUAAAAUGUUUUGUUUUGUGAGCGGCAGGGUGUGUUCUUGACAUGCCGAUGCUGAGCAGUAAACUUGAGAGAUUUGUGACUCAAAAGCUUUGUUACAUUACUAUAACUGGAGUUUAAUGUCGGUCAUGUUUAGGUAUUAUGUCUUUGUUUCUACGUAAAUGGUCUACGUGAGCCAAAGUUUUGAAUGCGAAAAACAAACGGGAUGCUGACUGAACGAUCAGUGUGGUUUGCACAUUCAAAAAGACAAUAACAAGAGGCCCAUCCCAAUUUAGUAGAACCAAGGUUGAGUUUCUAGUGGUUCUUCCAUUUGCAUAGGGUGUCCCCAGUACAAAAAUACUAUAUAUAGACUUUCAUGAAGAAACGACAUCAUAUCGAAUCGUAAUCCCGCUAAUCGUUCCGCUGCAGAAUGUACAUUCCUUGAAUCGUAUUGCAUCCCAUUCAUCGAGAUCCGCAUCGGAUUGCCUUUUAUCGCACCCCUAUUAAUUUGAAUUCCGCAGUUCAACUGCAGGGCCCCAAUUGAAACUUUUCUUACUUCUUUCCCAACCAAAACAGAAGCACUGAGCUCAGUCCCACUGUGUUGUAAAUAUGUUCAACGUAAUUACGCUAAUAUUGGGGAAAAAAAAGACCCGCCCCCUUUAGAGGCUACAAUUCUAGCAAAUGCGAUUCAGAUAUUCCAGUAAUGACCUCAUGUAUCGUUCAUUUCUCUGUUGUUUGAUGCCAAAAGGGGCCGGGGUAAAGACAAUGCUUAAAAAAAAAAAAAAAAGUGUCAACUUUCGAUAGGCUGGUUCCCUUUUUAGUCUUUGGACUUGUACACUGAGGUACUUAAUGCUGAUUCAGCUUAAUCAGCAUCUUUGUAACAACUGGACGAAUAGUGUAUAGCCAAGCCGGGCAGCGCCGGACAAAAAAGGAAGUUGAACCUCACCAGCUGUGAUUUUCUUUCUGUGCCACCUCCAGUUGCUGGCAUGAAAGCCAACUGUUGUUUCAAAAUGCACAGAGAUCAAGAUGGGGCUUGCCGAGGUCUUUAUCGGGAGCGCUCGCUGUACAUAGGACGUUAAUGUUUGAGUCUCAGAGACAAUACUGGGAGGAACACGUUGUUUGUUCUCUAUUUUUUGAUUACAGUAUCAGUAACUUUGUAUACAAUCCACAAACCGGUUCUACUUCAUCCAACUUUCACCGCCCUACCUCAUUGUUACUCUGGUGUUUGUUUGUCAGUAAGAUCUCUGUGUAUAGUCAAAAGAAAAUCUAUAGUAAAGUUAUACCUGGUUGCGCAACAUGUACAGAAUAUCUAAAUAUAUAUAUAUACAGUAUCUAUCUCUUCUUAAACACCUCGAUUCACAAUAUCAUUCUCGGAAAAGGGAUGUUUGUUGAGCUGCUUGGCGGAGGAGGCAGCUGUGCGUCGUCGAGGGACCGCGCCCGUCUUGUAAUCUGCUCUUGGCUAACGUCGUGCAGUCGCUCCCGUGUUCGUGUUUUGUGUCUGUGUUGCGUUUGGAGAUUUUUACUGGUUGACGGUGCUACCAGCAAACCGUUCUAUACGGACCUCAAAUGGUGCUGUUUUUUUUCUAUGUUUGCAACCCUCACAGGGGGGGAGGGGGGUAUAUUCAGGCGCGCCGACCACACCGCUAGUCCCUCAACGUUUUGGUGAAAGCAAUCGCAAAAAUGCUAAAACCUUUGCUGUUAAUGUGUCGCUCGCGUACGUGCUAUCCGCCCAAAUAUUGUUCUCUACUUAGUUACGAGUACCUCAGAACCUGUUGACUUUUAAAAAGGACGCUUUCAACGCCUGUUUGCUGCCAACGUGUGUUUAUGUCAUGUUAAAGGAGGAAAUCUGGCUUUGUGUUUGUUGUAUUAAUUGCAGAACUUGACAGAAAAUGGAUUCCACUGACUGGUUUGCGUUCACGACUUAAAAAGCUGAAUAUUUACGAUCCAAGUGGCUCUUUGUGGCUUUUUCUUUGUGUGCGUGUUCCUGGUACCUGCUUUCAAAUCUUUUUCAGUAUCAAUGUAGCAGACAAUGUUUUCAGACUGUGACCCACACCAUACAUAAAUAUGCAUUCGGGUUUUGUUUUGGGAGAUUUUCUAAUACAAAGUUAGUUUGUAAUCGUUUUUGUUCCAACUCGGGAUGGGCAUUUGACUGCGUUUCCUUGAUCAACCAUGGGAGAAAUUAACCAGAAAUGAAUGGAUUCUUAUUUUUAAUGGGUUGGAGAAAUCUUUCUCAACAAAAUUCUUAUGAUUGUAAUUGAUUAUUCGCCACUUCCAUAGUUCCAACAAGAAUUGAUCAGUAUGUUCAUUCAUUUUUUGCAGCUCUUAAGCCAUCCACUGGACUGUUUUGUUGAUUAUUUUUGAUAAUCUCUUCAACCUAAAGUGACAUUUAUUGUCAUGGCAACUUCUUUAACCAACAUCAUUGUCGUGACUGAAUUGAACUAUGCUGGGUUGAAGUGCAUUGUCAUGCUCAUUAGGGAAAGACGGGAUAAUUCAUGUACGCUGUUUCUAGUCUGUUGGUACGAUAAUGUGAAAGACCGUCUCGUGAUUUCAGUCAACACUCCCACAACCCGCUUUUGUCUCCCUGAGGCAAACGACGAUCUCGACUAGGCAAUAGUGUGUAUGUAUGUCCUCGCUCAACCGGCCACACCUCUGCUACGCUGGCACGAUGCUUAGCAUCCUCUUAUUGUGUCUCUUGCUGCAUUCAGGAACAUGUGUUUCAUGUAGAAAGAAUAAAACAAAAUAAAAGCAGACUUUUAUUCUAUCAGCA